AUGUCGGCCGGGGACCGCUCCAACAGCCUCCCCAACUAUGCCACUGUCAAUGGCAAGGCAUCCUCGCCUCUCUCCAGCGGCAUGUCCAGCCCCAGUGGUGGGAGCACCAUUACCUUCCACACCCUGCCGGACUUCUCCAAGUUCUCCAUGCCAGACAUCAGCCCUGAGACUCGUGCCAGUGUCAAGUUUGUGCAGGACACUUCCAAGUACUGGUACAAACCGGAGAUCUCCAGGGAGCAGGCCAUCGCAUUGCUGAAGGACAGGGAGCCAGGGGCUUUCAUCAUCCGAGACAGCCACUCCUUCCGGGGAGCCUAUGGCCUUGCCAUGAAAGUAGCUUCUCCACCUCCCACAGUCGUGCAGCAGAACAAGAAAGGAGACAUCACCAAUGAGCUGGUGAGGCACUUCCUCAUCGAGACCAGCCCGCGGGGUGUGAAACUAAAAGGAUGCCCCAAUGAGCCCUAUUUUGGCUGCCUCUCAGCUCUGGUGUACCAGCACUCCAUCAUGCCCUUGGCCCUGCCCUGCAAGCUGGUCAUUCCUGACCGAGAUCCCAUGGAGGAAAAGAAAGAUACCACGUCAGCCACCAACUCAUCCACAGACCUCCUCAAGCAGGGUGCGGCCUGCAAUGUCCUCUUCAUCAACUCGGUGGAGAUGGAGUCGCUGACAGGCCCCCAGGCCAUUGCGAAGGCUGUUGCUGAGACCCUGGUGGCCGACCCCACACCCACCGCUACCAUUGUCCACUUCAAAGUCUCCGCACAAGGCAUCACCUUAACCGACAACCAGAGGAAAUUGUUCUUCCGACGACACUACCCCCUCAACACUGUCACCUUCUGCAACCUGGACCCUCAGGAACGAAAGUGGACUAAAACUGAUGGCAGUGGCCCAGCCAAGCUCUUCGGCUUCGUGGCCAGGAAGCAAGGGAGCACCACAGACAACAUCUGCCACCUCUUUGCCGAGCUGGACCCAGACCAGCCAGCUGCAGCCAUCGUCAACUUUGUCUCCAGGGUCAUGCUUGGCUCUGGCCAGAAAAGAUGAGCUGAUGCUUGCGGGUGAUUCUUGAAUUUUGGAGAAGGACUUGGAGCUGAUCCGAGAAGGAGUGUGAGGAAGUGCAUUGUGGGAGAGGGAAGUGAAUUGGGGGGAAAAAAAAGGGUUGGAAUUCUGGAGGAAAACAGCAAACAGUGAAAAAACCCCAAACCCAAUGGAACCCCUAUAAACUCAACACAAGC